CCGCCCCCUCGGUCGGUUCUCGGCACCGAACGGGACCGGGCGGCACCGGAGCGACCCCAGCGCCCCCUGGCGGAGCGGCAGCACCCCCGGACCCCCCCUCGGGCACGGCCGAACCCUCCCGGGCUGUCCCGGUCCCGGUCCGGGUCCCGAGCGGGCACCGCCGGCCGUCCCGAGCGCUCGGAGCGGGUCAGAACCGGCACCGGCACAGCACCGAGCCCGUGUCCCGCCGGCACCGGGCGGCACCGAGCGCUGGGCGGGCCGGAGCGGGCGGCUCCGCUCUGCCGUUCCCGCUGACCCCUGUCCGGCCAGCGCUGACCUUGCCCAGGCCGGUCCGGACCGGCCCCGAGCGCCGCCGCUCCCCUGCCCGGUACCGAUCCCGGUCCCGGUACCGAUCCCGAUCCCGGUAUCGCCAUGGCCGCCCCGCCGGGCCCCGCCGGCUUCCAGUUCGCCAUCGACCGCGGCGGGACCUUCACGGACGUGUUCGCCCGCUGCCCCGGCGGCCGCGUCCGCGUCCUCAAGCUGCUCUCCGAGGACCCCGCGUACCGCGACGCGCCCACCGAGGGCAUCCGCCGCGUCCUGCAGGAGGAGCUGGGGGUGCCCCUGCCCCGUGACCAGCCCCUGGAUGGGUCCCGGAUCCAGUGGAUCCGCAUGGGCACCACGGUGGCCACCAACGCGCUGCUGCAGCGCCGGGGCGAGCGCGCGGCCCUGGCCGUGACCCGCGGCUUCCGACACCUGCUGCACAUCGGGACCCAGGCCCGGCCCCGCCUCUUCGACCUGGAGGUGGCCAUGCCGGACGUGCUGUACGAGGAGGUGAUCGAGGUGGACGAGCGGCUGAUCCCGGAGCAGGAGGAUUGUCACCUGCCCGGGAGUGACAGCUGGGACAGGGUACAAGGUGUGUCCGGUGUCACCCUGCUGGUGCAGCGCCCUCUGGACGUGUCGCGGCUCCGCACGGACCUGGAGCGGCUCCUGUUUGGGGGUCCCCAGACCCUGGCGGUGCUGUUGCUGCACAGCUACACGUGGCCGGGUCAUGAGGAGCAGGUGGGCUCCCUGGCGCUCUCCAUGGGUUUCUCCCAGGUGUCGCUCUCCUCGGCCGUGGCCGGCAUGGCACGGGCGGUGCCGCGGGGGCUCACGGCCUGCGCCGACGCCUACCUGAGCCCAGGUGUGCGCAGGUACCUGCACGGCUUCUGCCAGGGCUUCCGCGAUGGGCUCAAGGGGGUCCCGGUGCAGUUCAUGCGCUCGGACGGGGGGCUCACCCCCAUGGCCAGCUUUGGGGGGGCCCGGGCCAUCCUGUCGGGCCCGGCCGCGGGGGUCGUGGGCUACGCCCGGACCACCUUCGACCCCCGGGACGGGACCCCCGUGAUCGGCUUCGACAUGGGAGGCACCUCCACGGACGUGAGCCGUUUCGCGGGGCACUUCGAGCACGUGUUCGAGGCCAGCACGGCCGGGGUCUCCAUCCAGGCCCCGCAGCUCGACAUCAACACCGUGGCGGCCGGGGGGGGCUCCCGCCUCUUCUUCAGGUCCGGGCUCUACGUGGUCGGUCCCGAGUCCGCGGGCGCCCACCCGGGCCCCGCCUGUUACCGCAAGGGCGGUCCCCUGACGGUCACGGACGCCAACCUGGUUCUGGGCCGGCUGCUGCCCGAGUUCUUCCCGCGCAUCUUCGGGCCCAACGAGGACCAGCCCCUCUGUCGCGACACGGCCGCCGCGGCUUUCCGGGAGCUGGCCGCCACCAUCCGCGCCUUCCGGGGACACAGCGGCGACAGCGCCGGUGACACCGAGCUGUCGGUGGAGGAGGUGGCGCUGGGCUUCAUCCGCGUGGCCAACGAGGCCAUGUGCCGGCCCAUCCGCGCCCUGACGCAGGCGCGGGGACACGACGCGGCGCGACACGUGCUGGCGUGCUUCGGGGGCGCCGGGGGACAGCACGCGUGUGCCAUCGCCCGCACGCUGGGCAUGGCCCGCGUCUUCAUCCACAAGCACAGCGGGCUGCUCUCGGCGCUGGGGCUCGCCCUCGCGGACGCGGUGCAGGAGGAGCAGGAGCCGUGCGCGCUCCCGUACGGCCCGGGCGCGUUCCCGCGGCUCGAGGCGCGCCUCCGCGAGCUGGAGCGGCGCUGCCGGGACGCGCUGAGCGCGCAGGGAUUCGCACCGGCUCAGAUCCGCACGGAGCCGUUCCUGCACCUGCGCUACGAGGGCACCGACUGCGCCCUGAUGGUGUCAGCGCAGGGACACCCGCCCGGGCCGGGCACCUGCGGGGCUGGGGACUUCCUGGCGGCCUUCACCGAGAGGUACCAGCAGGAGUUUGGUUUCACCAUCCCGGGCCGGGCCGUGCUCGUGGACGAUCUGCGGGUCAGGGGCACCGGCAGCACCGAACCCGUGCCCGAGCCCCCCCUGGCGCCCCGGGGGGAGCCCCCCAGGGUGGAGACGGUGACCCGGUGCUAUUUCGAGGGGGGGUACCGGGACACCCCCGUGUUCCUGCUGGGGGAGCUGGGCCCGGACCACGCCCUGCCCGGGCCGGCCAUCGUCAUCGACACCAACAGCACGAUCGUAGUGGAGCCGGGCUGCGUGGCCCGUGUCACCGCCCUUGGGGACAUCAGCAUCGAGGUGACGGCGGGGACAGCGCCGGCCCUGGGCCCGGCCAUGGAGCCGGUGGCGCUGUCCGUGUUCUCGCACCGCUUCAUGAGCAUCGCAGAGCAGAUGGGGCGCACGCUGCAGCGCACGGCCAUCUCCACCAACAUCAAGGAGCGCCUCGACUUCUCGUGCGCCCUGUUCGGGCCCGACGGGGGGCUCGUGUCCAACGCCCCCCACAUCCCCGUGCACCUGGGCGCCAUGCAGGAGGCCGUGCAGUUCCAGAUCCGUAACCUGGGCCCGGAGCUGAGGGAGGGAGACGUGAUCCUGAGCAACCACCAUGGCGGGGGCAGCCACCUGCCCGACCUGACCGUCAUCACACCUGUGUUCUGGCCAGGUGAGCCCCGCCCCGUGUUCUUCGUGGCCAGCCGUGGUCACCACGCCGACGUGGGCGGCUCCAGCCCGGGGUCGAUGCCGCCGCACUCGCAGAGCCUGGCCCAGGAGGGCGCCGCCUUCGUGUCCUUCAAACUGGUGACCAACGGCGAGUUCCAGGAGCAAGCUGUCACCGAGGCCCUGCUGGCCCCCGGCUCCGUCCCCGGCUGCUCGGGGACACGGAACCUGCGGGACAACCUGGCCGACCUGCGGGCACAGGUGGCGGCGAACCAGAAAGGGAUCGGGCUGGUGCGGGAGCUCAUCGGGCAGCACGGGCUGAGCGUGGUGCAGGCCUACAUGGGACACGUGCAGGCCAACGCGGAGGUGGCGGUCAGGGACACGCUGCGGGCGGUGGCCGCGCGCUGGGGGACGUCACUGUCGGCCGAGGACACGAUGGACGAUGGCACCCCCGUGCGGCUCCGGGUGACAUUGGAACCCAGAGAGGGCAGCGCCGUGUUCGAUUUUGGGGGGACGGGACCCCAAGUUCUGGGGAACUGCAACGCCCCCCGCGCCAUCACCCUGUCGGCGCUCAUCUACUGCCUGCGGUGCCUGGUGGGACACGAUAUACCCCUGAACCAGGGCUGCCUGGCCCCGGUGCAGGUGCGGAUCCCGCCGGGCUCCAUCCUUGACCCCGCCCCCGACGCCGCCGUGGUGGGCGGGAACGUGCUGACGUCACAGCGCGUGGUGGACGUGGUGCUGCGCGCGUUCGGCGUCUGCGCCGCCUCCCAGGGCUGCAUGAACAACGUCACCUUCGGCUCCCCGAGGGGGGGGUACUACGAGACCGUGGCGGGGGGCGCGGGGGCCGGGCCCGGCUGGGGGGGGCGCAGCGGGGUCCACACACACAUGACCAACACCCGGAUCACCGACCCCGAGAUCCUCGAGAGCAGGUACCCGGUGGUUCUGCGUCGCUUCGAGCUCCGGGCGGGCUCGGGGGGCGCGGGCCGGUACCGGGGGGGGGACGGGGUGGUCCGGGAGCUGCAGUUCCGGGCGCCCACCCAGCUCUCGGUGCUGAGCGAGCGCCGGGCCAGCCGGCCCUAUGGGAUGGCAGGGGGGCUCCCGGGGGCGCCGGGGCUGAACCUGCUGCUGCGGAGGGACGGGCGAGUGAUCAACCUGGGCGGCAAGAGCUCGGUGUGCGUGGAGCCGGGG